AUGUUGACCAAUGGAGCAAGUUUCACGGUCUCGAAUCCGUGGCGAGACAGGAUCCUGAGAGGCGAAGUUUGCUCAGUCAUGUCUUGCAAGUUCUUCGUCAGCAACGAGGUCGCCAUGAUGGUCAAGAUGGCUGGAAUCGACGGCAUGUUCAUUGAUAUGGAGCAUUCCGUUCUGACGAUCCGAGACGUAUCGCAACUCAUUCUCGCAUGCAACUACGUCGGCGUCAGCCCCAUUGUUCGCAUCCCGUCUAAAUCACAUUGGCAACUCAGCCGGAUCCUGGACGCUGGUGCAGCUGCUGUUGUCAUCCCUCACUGCGAAACUGUCCAGCAUGUCAAGGACAUUGUCCGUGAUGCCAAAUAUGCCCCGCUUGGCAUUCGUGGAUGCGCCAACAAUCAACCAAUUCUCAACUUUCAGACAGUACCUACACUGGUGCAGAACGAUCUACUCAAUCGUGAGACCAUGGUGAUCCCCAUGAUAGAGACGCCUGGCGCGGUCGAGCUUGCAGACGAGUUCUUCGCCAUCGAUGGCGUGGACGGUAUCCUGGUUGGCUCCAACGAUCUCUGCACAGAUCUCGGCAUUCCAGGUCAAUACGAUAAUCCGCUCUAUAUACAGUCGGUGGAGAAAAUCAUUGCUGCUGGCGUCAAGGCGGGUAAGCCUAUCGGUAUUGGAGGAAUUGGAGGACGGCUUGACUUGCUAGAGCGUUUCUUCCAGCUCGGUGCGACAUGGUCGCUCAGCGGUGGUGACGGAUCAAUCUUGCAAGCUGGCAUGAACAAGAUUGGAAAGGCUUACGCAGAAAUCGACGGACGAGUACAAGGGUCUCGCACGAAUGGCAAGACGGCACAGUAG